GAUAAGACUCAGUGAAAGACAAGCUCAAGAAAAUGUUGACGUGUAAAAACUAUCUUAUAAUCAAUCCAUGACUUGUCUUUGCAACUGGUUGUAACACAACGGCAAACUCUUACAUGUCUGUUGUAUGAUGUGGGGUUAUUGGAUAAUACGGGAAAGUAGUGUAGGAUAACUGUUAUUAAUCAAAACUCGGGCAUGCACCCUGAAUUCGACCAGUGACUUCUGUCAAGACAUGUUGAUUUUCAUGUGCUUUGGUGGUUAUGUGAAAACUUAACAUUUAUAUAGGACCUCUCAAUAUCAACGUUUUUGUUACACACGAGGAUUAUAUAAGUCAUACGUUGGAAUUUGUUUUAAUUUAUCACACAGACAAUAUAUUAAUAUGCUUUCUCUCAUCAUAUGAUGCAUUACAACCGAAUAAUAAAAUGUUCUGUAUGUAGCCGUAGUAGGAUACUUUACUUACAAAAAGGUGUGUAGAUUACCAACCGGCCUAACUAAAUACACGUAUAUAUAGUCGAUAAUACAGAGGAUAUUUUAUUAUCAGCUGGGAAGAUAUCAAAAUUGAUUUAUGUAUUCCCCCAAAAAUCAAUUGUUACUUUAAUCAGUGGAAGAUAGGAGCAAUUAUUAUAGUCAGUUCGAGAAUAGGCAAAGGCCUAAGAUCAACAAAGUAGCAGGAAGUUGAUAUUUUAAUCUAGACAGUUAUAAAUUUCUAAUAUCCAGUGCAGCUGGAACUGCCCAUACACUUCAUAAUACUACAGACAGCAUCAUGAGAAGGAAUACUAUUACUUUAAUCAAAUAUUUACUUGGUGCUGCAAUAUUUUUGGCGGCAGGACCCAUGGUGUUACGGUAUCUAUUUGGAAAUAGACCACCACCCAGUGUAAAAGAAAAGCUUGUUGUGGUUGAUAAUCAUCUUGUUAAUGAUGUGAAUAAUCAAGUACAUGCUGCUGAUGAUUCGGGUCCAGGUGCUGAUAUUGCACAUGGUGAAACUAGAUUGGUUGAUUGGCAUGAUUAUAAAGCUAUAGCUAAAGAAGAACAAAGAACAGGACCAGGUGAACAAGGCAGUGCUGUUAUUUUAUCAGCUGAAGAAGAAAAGAAGAAAGGAGAUUUAUAUAAAGUUAACGGUUUUAAUGCCUAUACUAGUGAUAAAAUAUCAUUACAAAGAGCUUUAAAAGAUAUUCGUCAUCCACAGUGCAAAACGAAGAAAUAUUUAAAUAAAUUACCAACAGCUAGUGUUAUUGUUCCAUUUCAUAAUGAACAUUGGUCAACUUUAUUACGGACAGCUCAGAGUGUCAUCGACAGAUCUCCUAAACAUCUAUUGAAAGAAGUUAUUUUAGUAGAUGAUUUUAGCUCAAAAGAACAUUGUAAACAACCUUUAGAUGAUUAUGUUAAUGAACAUUAUACUAAUGUACGAGUUGUUAGAGCCAAGAAGAGGGAAGGGUUAAUACGAACCCGUCUACUAGGAGCUAGAGCUGCUAAAGGAGAUGUAGUGAUAUUUCUUGAUUCUCAUUGUGAAGCUAACAUCAACUGGUUACCACCUUUAUUAGAUCCGAUAGCACAAGAUAAGAAAAAUGUAGUAUGCCCGUUUAUAGAUGUGAUAGACUACGAGACAUUUGCCUAUAGAGCUCAAGAUGAAGGUGCCAGAGGGGCGUUUGAUUGGGAAUUUUUCUACAAACGUCUGCCAUUAUUAGAUGAAGAUAAAAAACAUCCUGCUGAUCCAUUCAAGAGCCCAGUAAUGGCUGGUGGAUUAUUUGCCAUGGACAGAGAUUGGUUCUGGGAACUAGGAGGUUAUGACCCAGGUUUAGAUAUUUGGGGAGGAGAACAGUAUGAACUGUCUUUUAAGAUAUGGCAGUGUGGUGGAAUGAUGGUAGAUGCACCUUGUUCUAGGAUAGGUCAUGUUUAUAGAAAAUUUGCUCCAUUCCCUAAUCCUGGUGUUGGAGAUUUUAUAGGAAGGAAUUAUAAAAGAGUAGCCGAGGUAUGGAUGGAUGAAUAUGCUGAAUAUCUAUAUAAAAGACGACCACAUUAUAGAAAUGUUGAUGCUGGAGAUAUAUCUGAACAGAAGGCUAUCCGAGAAAGAUUACAUUGUAAACCUUUUAAAUGGUUUAUGGAAGAAGUGGCCUUUGAUCUACCUAAAUUUUACCCUCCAGUAGAACCAACACCCAUGGCCUCAGGCGAGAUCCGUAAUAAAGCCAGUGAUAUGUGCAUUGAUACAAGAUUUAAAGGAGCUAAUGAAAGAUUUGAGAUAGAAAAAUGUGUUAAAGAUGGUGGAGGGGCUAAUGGAGAACAGCAAUUUGAGUUUUCAUGGCACAAAGAUUUGAGACCUAGAUCUAGAACAGUUUGUUUUGAUGUAUCUAGUUCUGUACCUAAAGCACCUGUUAUAUUAUAUAAUUGUCAUGGUAUGCAAGGUAAUCAACGAUUUAGAUAUAAUUUGGAUACCCACCAGUUAUAUCAUCCUGUAAGUGGUCAAUGUUUAGACUGUGAUAAAGACAAUCAUGAAAUAUAUAUGAACCCAUGUGACAAAUCAUCAGACACUCAAGUCUGGAUGUUUGAAAAAAUUGAAGAAGAACAAGUAAGGAAAGAUUGGGAUGUACCAUUAGAGUGAUGGGGCCUUUAAAUUUUUAAUUUAGAUUUUGUUUGGUAUACAUCAAGUAUGAUGCCAGGUGUAUGGAAAUUUUAGAAUGAGCAUUCAUAAAAAAUCACACAAAAUGUCUUAUUCAAACUGUCUUAUGCAAUUGAAGUUAAAUUCUUCAACAGCUUACGAAUGUUCAUAGAUGCCAUACUUUGUCGUUUUUAUUAAAAACUAAUAAGUAAUUUUAUUACAUAAUUUAUGUAAUUUUAAAUUUAUGCAAGUUAAUUCAAUGUUUGCCUUGAUACUUACAUGUUUAUAUAAUUAAAAGAAAUCAAGUUAUUUAGUCAUAAAUUAAAUGAGAUUAAUAUAAAUCCAGACGUCCAGUGAUUAUCUUGUCUCAGUUAGGCCAGUACAACUAGAUCAUUGUCUAAAAUAUCUUGAUCUCAACUGUAUAUUACAAUUCCAUAAAUAUAGUUUAGCCAGAUAUCAGGAUAUUGUCUUCAGCUAACAUCUCACUGUAGACUUGUAAUUGUUAAUUUAUAGGCUGCAUUCUUUAGAAAUCCACCUUUAGAAUUAUUCUGCACAGAAUGCUAGAAUUUACAAUAGGCCAACUGGGAGGCAAAAUACUAAUCAAUCAACAAGGGUGAAAUAAUCCAAUGAUAUGUUGUUUAUUUUCUUUGUUACGAUUGGAUUCCUGUUAGAUAUCUACCUGUUAUUGCAUGAAAAUAAGAAGGUUAUGAUACAUUCAAUGGUUACAGCACAUAGGCUUAUUCAUGUGUAUAGUC